CUCAUUUAAAUAAUAUGUCUAUGAUUGGAGCAUGUCUGCUGGUUUGCUUGUUUUUGCCCUGUGGAAGAGUUCCGGUUAAAACCCAUGAGAAAUACUUGAAGACUGUCAUCGUGAAAAAUGCAACUAUGAGCUAUGUUGAUACAGGCGGUCGGUUCGAACACACCGUUGUAUUUUUACAUGGAAAUCCGACAUCGUCGUAUCUUUGGAGAAACAUCUACCCACAAAUUUCGUCGAUCGCUCGAUGCUUUGCACCCGAUUUAAUUGGAAUGGGACGAUCUGAUAAAGAGGAAAAUUUGAUGUAUACAUUUGCGGAUCAUUAUCAGUAUUUGUCUGAAUGGAUGGAUGAAGUAGUUGAAACAGAGAAAGGUAUUCUUGUGUUACAUGACUGGGGUUCUAUACUUGGAUUUCAUUGGGCAAAUAUGAAUCGUGCAAGAGUUCAGUCUAUUGUUCACAUGGAGAGUGUCGUCGCGCCGUUUUCCACACAACAUCAGACCGUGUUUUUCCGUCAAAUAAGAUCCAAAGCGGGAGAACAGAUGGUAUUGGUGAACAACCUUUUCGUCGAGAAUUUCGCAUUAAACAUAAUCCGAAACCUGACUGAAGAAGAGAUGAAUGAAUACCGCAGACCUUUCGUCGAUCCUGGAGAAGAUAGAAGGCCUACUUUGACUUUUCCGAGACAAGUACCCAUCCUAGGUGAGGGUCCCGAUGAUGUGAUGAUGGCGGUGAAUGCAUACGCCAAAUGGUUGUCAACAACUUCUCAUAUACCUAAGAUGCUGAUUCUAGCAAAACCUGGCGGAUUGUCCGACAUCACCAAUAAAGUUGCAAAAGAUUGGCCCAAUCAAAUGAUGAUAACGGUGAAGGGAAUUCAUUUUAUUCAAGAAGAUUCUCCAAAAGAAAUAACAGACGCCAUUUACUGCUUCCUGAAUCUGAAGGUUUUAGGGAAGAAAGCAUGAAUUGAAUGAAUUCUGAAUUAUUUCAAACGUGUUAAACGUAAUUAAUAUUUUUGCGUACCUUUUACCAUGUACUUUUUCUGCUGCAAUUCCUACGAAGAAAGUAAAUUUGUUCCUAUUUUGUUCUACCAACUUGUUAUAUUGUGUAAAAUCCACCAUGCUAAAUGAGAAGGCCUCUUACAUUCAGAGACCAUUGCUCCGAAAAGGGUCGUAUCCUCUUGGGUGUAAAUCACAUCCUCAAGUCAUUUUUAUAUGCUAAAUUGUGGAAAAUAUUCAAUCGAAAUAAAUAAACUACCCUUUG